CACGCUAACUUUAUUUUUAAAUUUUUAUUUUUUUUUUAUUUUAAGGAUGUCAAAGGCGGUUGGAUUGACCAUACUGAUUUUGUUUUGACGUUGUCCCAGAGAGUCGAACAGAAGUGCUGACAUUUCAAGCUUUAAGUGAAAUUGACUGCCAGCAAUGGCUUGAAACUAUGGAUGGCCAAGAAACUGUUUAUGGAAGUGCUACAAACGCCUCUCCUGCUUCUUUGACAAUGCUUGAUGAACACGGUUUUGAAUUUAUUGAACGCUGUAUAAAUGUUAUAGAAGAAAAAGGAAUUACUGAACAAGGAAUUUAUAGAAAUUGUGGAGUAAAUUCAAAAGUUCAAAAAUUAAUGCAACAUGCUCUAGACCCUCAUCACCAUAACAAACGUUCUGCUUCAGACAAAUUAAAUUUACUCACAGAUUCUGAUCUGGAAUUAAAAACUGUUUCUUCUGCAAUUAAAACUUUCUUAAGAAAUUUACCAGAACCUUUAAUGACUUAUGAAUUACAUCAACAUUUUAUUAAUGCUGCUAAAUUACACGACGGAAAUCAACGAGUUCAACAUAUUCACUAUUGGGUAUAUAAGUUACCUUCUUCACAAAAGAAUAUGUUGGAAAUGGUAAUUAAACAUUUACGUCGUGUAUCCAACCAUUCUUCAGAAAAUUUAAUGUCAAUAAGUAAUUUAGCAGUUUGUUUUGGUCCAACACUUUUAAGACCUAGAGAAGAAACUUUAGCUGCAGUAAUGGAUAUUAAAUUUUGUAAUGUUGUUGUUGAAGCUUUAAUAGCUAAUUGUGAACAUAUUUUUGGUAAACAACCCCCACAACAAAUUGAACAACCUUUUCCUCCUAAACCUGCAAAAAGUGGACAAUUAUUAACAACAAUAAAUAAUGAAGGAGGGGGAGGAGGAAGUAUUUUGGGGGAUGAUAAAAGUUUGUCUAGUAGUAAAAGUAGUGGUGGUGGUUAUGAUGAUCUUUUACCUAUGACUCAACAAAAUAGGCCUUUAAAACCCACAAUUACUCCUUUUAACUCAACUGAUGGUACUACACUUUCAUCUAACAACCCUAAUCAUCAGCAAUUUCCCCCUCCCACAUCUCCACAAAGAAGACCUUUUAAUGGCGGUGGUGGGGGGAAUACUACUUUAAAACAAAAACCUAGUAUUAUUUCAAAACAAUUCGAAUCACGAAGUGAAUUGUGUUUAGCAGGAAGUGGUGUUCUUGGAGAUUCACCAAGUUCUAGCAGUACACCACCUCCUUCCUCUUCUGGUGCUAAUAAACAGUUGGCGGGUAUAGCUCCGAGAGGCAAAACCUUUGGAAGCUAUGCGCCAAUGUACAGCCAGCCUUUGCCUACAGAAAAUAUUUACGCAACAUUAAGAACCUCCCCAUCCAAAACCCCUUUAACUACCCAACAACAACAACGGCCAAGUUCUUCCUCUUCCCAACAAUCUACAACUACUUCAGCAACCCCAAUAAUUCUUUCAAAUCGAUCAGAAACUUUGCCCCAAACAACAAUUUUAUCUAUGCGGAUACCCCCAGCUUAUACUAAUUUUAUUAACCCUGAUGGUCCUUUACAUCCACCACGGAGAGUUCGUACAAUUUACCCUUGCGAGGCUGGACAUGAAACUGAGCUCAGCUUUGAGUCGGGUCAAAUAAUCACUAAUGUCUAUGAAAGUAAAGAGGAAGGUUGGCUAGUUGGCACUUUGAAUGGCAAGACAGGACUUAUCCCGGCAAAUUAUGUCACUUAUGUUGAUAAUUUUUGA